AUGAAGUGCGUUCAGCUUACGAUCGAGCUCAUCACCAAGGCCUUCGAGGCAUUUUGCUAUAAGAAGGGAGUGGAAUUUAACAAGAAAGAUGCAAAUAAGAUCUUUAAGGCGCUUGAUGAGGAUGAAGAAGUAGAGCGAUACUACUUUUGUGGAGCAAAAUGCGCCAAGUCCAAGCGCGAUUGCAUGAGAGAAGUCGACGAAGGCAUGCAUUGUUAUGUCCACGAUCCUGCGCGCAAUAACAAUAAGGCACCUGUCGACAAGCAUACCGAGCGUUCCAAGAAUUUAAAGAAGAUACAUACUUCUAAGUUUGUAUCUUCCGAUGACGAUAUGACUUCCGAGGAUGAAAAACCAAAGAAGCGAAAGAGAAACAAGCAGGAGUCAUCGGAUGAAGAGCCGUCCAAUGAUGAUGAUGAAGAUAUAAUUGCCGAAAAGAAUCUCUACAUUGCAUUGUGUCCACCUGAGCUCAUGGGCAAGAAUCUCCCUGCGCCAGAAAUAUCUGAGAAAGAGGCACGCAUAUUGGACAAGAUGGGACUCCAAGAGGCAACUCCUGCAGAUGUAGAAAAAAUAGAAGAGUCUUCUGCUGAUGAGAAUUCUGACGAUGAUACAGAUGAUGGUGAUACGUCUGAUGAUGCUGGCUCUGUCGAUGAUACAGAUGAUGGUGAUACGUCUGAUGAUGCUGGCUCUGACGAUGAUUCCUCUGAUGAUAAAGACUCUGAUGAUGGCAAGUCCAAUAACAGACCUGAUGUGGAAUCUGGAGAUGAUACCUCUAAGGAUAACCCUGAUGAAAAACUAUCUCAUAAAAAGCCAUCUAAGGAUGAUGAGAAGAAGACUUCUCGAAAGAAAAGGCAUUCAGAGAUGCCCAAAAAUGCAGAGCCAUCUUCUAAUGUAGAUGAUUCUAAGGAUGAAAAAGAGAUGGAUAUCUUGGAACGCUCCAUGCUUAGCAAGAUGAGACUUCAACCAAUGUCUGAUGAAGAGAGAAAGAUGCUUUUCAACGACGAUGUUGAAGUAGAAGAGGGACUUCCAGUGGAAGGACCGACAGAUAUAUCCAAGAUGAAAUGGAAAAGGUUUCACAAGCAGCAAUUGGAGUAUUCCAAGAAUGUACUUGUAAAUGGAAAGCACAUUCUCAAGAUCCGCAAGCAAAAUAAGAUGAACUUGUAG